AAGAUGAAACUGAAACCAAGAUGUUUCCUGCAUUUCUUAUGCUUAGAUAGAAUGUAUUGCUUAUUAUCUGUUAGAAAUGCUAGAGCCCUGACAGCCUACUUUUCUCUUCUUGAUGUUCAUAAUAAGAAUGCUUUGAAUAACCUGCAGUUUUACAAUUUUCUUCAUUAUAUAACUAACCUGACCAAGGCUCAGAUCAUGCUGGUGUUUGACUUGCUGGAUUGGAAUGGAAAAGGAGAGGUCAGCUUUGAUGAAUUCUACAUGUUGGUGUGCAUCAUAAUGUCUCAUGAGAAUCACCUUGAAAAGCAGUUCAUGUAUCGUCAUUGUCAUGCUGUUUUUGAGUUGUUGGAUAUCGACGGAGGUCACACAGUAGGCCCUACAGAGUUCCAAGCCACUCGCUUCCUCUUCAAUAUUAAGAAAAGUGAACUAAGCCAGAUAUUCAAGGAUUUUGACAUCUCUGGUGAUGAGCAACUGAACUACAAGGAGUUCAGGAUGUUUACAAUCUUCUGCAUUGACAGACAACAGAGAAAAGCAACAGAGAAGUUGAAAAGGCAAACAGAUAAGUCUGAAGAAGCUGAAGCUGAGGAUGAAGUUGAGGAUGAACCUGGAGAGGAAGAGGAUGAAGAUUAAUUCACUGAAGAUUAACUAGAUGUGGAAGAAAACAGCAGUAUUCCUCUCAUAGCCAAAGUUAAAACACAAAAGAAAAAAAAACCUAUAAAGAGGAUUUUGACUAUUAAAAAACCUAGCCACCUGAAACUAUUCAAAGAAAUCACAAGAGACCAGUGACUGUGCUAGACUAUAUAAAUAUUAAAAUAUUAAAAUUUUAUUUUAAAAUGGCAGAUCAUUUGUUUUUCCAGAAAGUAAUAGAAGAUCUAUGCUGAGCUUUCUGUCUUUGUCUAUUUUGUGAAGAACACAAAGAAUAGAUCAGACCUUUAAUGAUACAGUUUACUUCCAUAUACAAAUAACUAGUGCACAAGAUACUAAUGCGUCAAAGUAUUAUUGAAUCUCUCUCGUGUUCUUGGAAUUCUUACCACUCACAUCUCCUUGCUACACAUAUUUAAACAUAGACAUGACUACCCAAAUGAUGCACAUCAGAAUUUAACCAAAAGUCAUGGUACACCAUGGUAAGGGGCUCAGAGAACACCACAGAGACAAUCAUCCAAAGUCUGAGACACUUGAAUAUGCAGUUCAUUACAAAAGCAGGUAGAAUUAUUUGGAAUCAUAUUCAGAUGAGGCAAGCAUAUAGAGAUUGUGAAAUGCACAGAGGAAAUCUGUGGCAGGAAGAGGCCUGGGUGACAGAAGACAGUAUGCAAGAGGCA